UUAAGAAUACAAUGAAUUAUCAAUGCUCUGUUGACCUUUUAAACAAGCGUUUUGGUUUCGAACAUAUCAACACAUAACGUUCUGAGGUUUGUCAAAAGGCUUCUUUUUUAGACAUUCUAAAAAUGCCUCGAAAAGACGUGCAGAUCUCACCAAACUCCACUCUUCC